AUGGCCGCCAUCGUGGAGACGCGCAAGCGCUGCGCCGCCGCGUUCCUCGACGAGCCGUCCCCGGCGCCGGCCCACCUCUGCAAGCGCGGCCGCGUCACGCCAUGCGCGGGCUCCAUGGCCCCGGCGCCGCCCACGUCUCUGGUGUUCGACCCGCUCGACGCCCUCCGCCACGUAUUCCCGCAGGCCGACCCGAGGGGCCUGGAGGCCUGCUUCGCCGCCUCCGGCCGCGACCUGCACGCCACCGUGCAGGCGUACCACGCCCAUCUGGCCAAGGACGAGCUGGCCUCCCGCCUCGCGCACGUGGUGGACGACGACGAGUGCUGCGCCGGCUUGCUCUUGGAGCAGAUGGCGACGGCGGCCGACGUGCCCGCCGCCAAGAACCGGGCGACUUGGAUGCUGGGGGUGAUCAGGAACGCCGGAGCAGAGCGCGCCGUGCGGGAGGCCGCGACGGAGCUGGCAAGGCUGCGCGAGGAGAACGCCGCGCUGAGGGAGCAGGCGGAGCGCGGCGCAAUGGAGGGGGCGACGCUGCGCGAGGAGAACAAGGCGCUGGCGCAGCGUGCGGCGGCGGCAGAGCGCGACGGGUCCGUGCUUAAGCGCGGCGUCAUGGUGCAGCAGAGGCGGUACGAGGAGACGGAGCGGGCCGCGGCGGCGACGAAGAAGAAGGUGGCCGAGCUGGAGAUGGCCAACUACGCGCUCGUAGUCCGGCUGCGCGACGGCGAGGCCAGCCGCUUCCCGGCGGCCUACCGUGGCCCCGACGUGUUCUAG